AGAAUCUACCUUAUUUCCGCUGUGCUGUUGUUUUUAAUUUCUAGAGUCCAGAUUUAAAUUUGUAGAUUGAAUCUAGAUAUCUAGAAAAUCUAGAUCUAGUCCUAUCUAGAUCUGAUCUAAAAAUAUAGAUCUAGGCUAUCUAUAGAAUAAAUAUUUGAGAUCCAGUCUACAGUUUCGUCUAGAUCUAGAAUCUAGACUAGAUUCUAGACUAGAUCUAGAUCUAGAUGUCUUCACCAGGCAUGAGUAAGGCAGAUUAUCUAAAACGUUAUUUGUCAAAUGAUGAAUUGCCAAAAGAAGAAAAGAAAAAGAAAAGAAGAAAAAUCAAAACACCUAAAGAGUCUAAGCUGCGUAUCAUUGAUGAUGAUAUUGAUCUAAAAGAGCUGCGGGUCAACCAAGCCAGUGAGGAGCUGUUUGAUGAUGCUCCAACAGUUGCUGAUGUGGUGGAUGAGAGACCAAAACAUGUGCAGUUGCUGGAGCAGUACAGAAAAAACUCCCGCUGGAAGGUUUUAGGGGAGGAUGAUGAAGAUGGCACUUCAGCCUUGGACUACGGGGUGAUUGCUACCAGAGCUAGCCAUCAUGACAGUGAUAGAGAUGUUACUUCAUCAGUUGGUGGCAAAUCAAAAGAGAAUUCAAGGUCAAAACUGCUAGAAAAACGUAGUGGUGUCCAGAAUGAAACAAAGAGACAUAACCCAGACCAAUCACCCAUCAGACAUAUGAUUGAUUCCCCCAUCAAUAAAAGAGUCAGAAAUUCUACAGACCAAUUGUCACCUCGUAAUCAUAGCAACAGGCAUGACUCUGGUUCAGACAAUUCGCCACCUCGUAACCAUAGCAACAGGCAUGACUCUGGCUCAGACAAUUCGCCACCUCGUAACCAUAGCAACAGGCAUGACUCUGGUUCAGACUACUCGCCACCUCGUAACCAUAGCAACAGGCAUGACUCUGGUUCAGACAAUUCGCCACCUCGUAACCAUAGCAACAGGCAUGACUCUGGUUCAGACAAUUCGCCACCUCGUAACCAUAGCAAAAGAUAUGAAUCCAGGGGUAUGAGAAAGAUGGUGUCAUCAGCAAGUGUUGACCAUGGUGGAUCCCCCCCAGCUAGAGCAUUACUGUCUGGUGGCUUACACAGACCCUUGUCUGACUCCUCCCCUCCAGGCAGGGACCAGAGCAAUAUUCCCAGCAAGUCCGGCAUCAAUGGUCAUCUGUCUGAUCCACACACACCACAGAACUUGAACCCAUCUGAAAAGAAAAGCAAUUCAUCAGAAUCUGACCUUUCCCCUCCCAGGUUGGGCAAAAGAUCAUCCCCACCCUACAAGAGGACAAGUCCUGAUCAGUCUCCACCCAGGAAAAAACGUGCUAUGUUGAUUUCACCCUGUGAGAGAGAUGGAGAAAGUAAAAAAGCUAAAAAGACUUUAGGCGGAGCCAAAGCUGGCUUAUCAACUGCUCAAGAAAUGAAAGAUGAAACACAAAAACUCAGGGAGAAGGAAAAUAAAUCAUUUCAGAUGAUUGGGUCUGAGUUGCUGGGUAAAAACUCUAAGACUGUAUUCAGAGACAAAGAGACAGGCAGAAGAAGAAACCUCAAAGAGGAGGAGGAGAGAAAGCAGGAGGAGGAGAAGAGAAAAGAGGAGACAAAUAAAAAAUAUCAACGAUGGGGAAAAGGUGUCAAGCAGCAAGCAGAUAGGGAAGCCAGGCUUGAAGAUGAUCUCCAUGAAGCCUCUAAGCCGCUGGCCCGCUAUGCUGAUGAUAAGGACCUGGACAAGAUGUUAAGAGAGGAAGAGAGGGCAGAUGACCCCAUGUUGGCCUACAUUCAAAGUCAAAAGAAGAAGGUGGAGGACAAAUGUGAAAAAAGCAAAAGAAAUGAGCUACCCAGAUACAAAGGGCCUGCACCGCCACCAAACCGCUACAACAUCCCCCCAGGGUACAGGUGGGAUGGUGUUAACCGCUCCAAUGGCUUUGAAAACAAAAUAUUUGCCAGCCUGGCCAACAAGAAGGCCACUCAAGAGUUGGCCUACAAGUGGAGUACAGAGGAUAUGUAAAGAUAUCUGCUUGUAAUAAGAAAUUUCUUUUAAACAUUGAAUACAAUCUGUUUUACAACUUUUUAUUUAGUAAAGAUUAUUCAAUUCUUUUUAUUUUAUAGUAAUUUGUAAAGAAAUAAAGUGGUCCCUUGAUAUAUGAG